GCAGGCUGCAGCUGUCCAAAUCCCAGGUUGCUGUGUAAUCCAUUGCAUCCACAGGUUAAUAAACUAGCAUGCUAGCUAGUCUCUUGGAAAAGUGAGGUGUUUUUCUAAGCUCCAUGGACACCUUGGAUAGUAGGAGUGAGCCCCGGUAUUCUGAUGGCGAUCACAACCAUUGGCUGAUGGAGAGACCGGAAGACAUGGAUCAGAGGAGCCGGGAGGGGUGGCGGCUGGUAGAUGUCCUGCUCUCCGGGGGUGCUCCAUGGGGAUUCACACUCAAAGGAGGCAGAGAGCACCAAGAACCACUGCUCAUCACAAAGGUGGAGGAGGGCAGCAAGGCAGCAGCAGUCAGCCUCCAGGUUGGAGACGAGAUGGUGAACAUCAACCAGGUCCCUCUGAGCGGAUACAGGCAGGAGGCCAUCUGCCUGGUCAAGGGAUCAUACAAGACCCUCAAUCUGGUUGUCAAGAGGAGGAAUGAAGCCGUAAGCAGGCCUCACUCCUGGCACGCCACCAAGUUCAACGAGAGCCAAUCAGAGACUGACAAAACUCAGUCUCCGCCCCCGCCAGUCUGGCAGACCGGAUAUGAUGCAAGCUUCUCCUCUACCAACCUCUCCUCGACUUGCUGGGACCAGAACCAGACUAACCUACGGCGAGUAUCAGACCAGUUCAGCUCUCUGGGCAGCAUGGACAGUCUAGACGUCUCCCACCACCCCUACCCCCUGGACACCAAUCCAGGACGCUUCUCCCCGGUCAAGUCCAACACCAGCACGGAGCACCUGGGAGGGGGCAAGAGGGACUCGGCAUACAGCUCCUUUUCCACCAACUCUGGUACCCCAGACUACACCCUCUCCAAGACACCAGACCACACCCUCUCCAAGACACCAGACCACACCCUCUCCAAGACACCAGACCACACCCUCCCUAAGACACCAGACCACACCCUCCCUAAGACACCAGACCACACCCUCCCUAAGACACCAGACCACACCCUCCCUAAGAGCAAUGCUGCCUCCACAGAGAACAUGCUGUAUGAGGUGAACCAGUGGGCGUCAGGGGACCGGCCCAGUAACAGCAGACAUAGCCUGAGUAGUGAGAGGGUCAGGCAGGACGAGAGGCCAGGGUAUCUGCAACUGGCUGGGGGACAUGGGGCCAACAUGGGCCGGGACAGCCCCUGGACAGCGGAGCAGUCACGGUCAGGUUCUUCCCACUCCUCCAGCUCUACUAGGGCUAGCUGCGGUCCCGUCUGGCACGUUCCUGACAAGAAGAAGACCUCCGAUCCCUCUCCUCCUCCCCCACCGCCCGUACGCAGUGACAGUUUCGCUGCUACGAAGUCCCAUGAGAAUGUUCUGGUUACAGCCUGUCCAGAGGGACCCGGUGCUCACACGCAGCCCAAGGCCCGUCCAGAGGGACCCGGUGCUCACACCCAGCCCAAGGCCCAUGGUAAAGGAAUGGAUAACUCUGAUAACUCACAAUGCACCAAUGACUCUCGGCGUAGCCAUCACAACUUACCCUCCAAGAACAACAUGGUCCCUUCUUACAUUUCACCAAAGAACUGUCAUCCCAACCAGGUUAACUGUAACAAGCUUUGCUCCCUGUCCAGUAGUGAUGUCAGGCUGGGCCAGCUCCCCCCUACCUACUUGCCCUGCCACCAGAGACAGUACAGUAAUGAGAGCUCUCUCUACUCCCACCCCAGGACUUGGUCUGUCCCCAAACAGCAGAACGUCAGCAUCUGCUACAGCAGCAUGCAGGAGCUCCCCACCAACUACAAUGCCCAGAACACCCAACUCUACAGCCAGACCCCAGACAGCACUGGAGACAGCCGGUACUACUGUGUGACGGCCAGACAGCCUGGUCAACCGGUCACCCAGGCCCUGCUGGGCAAGACUGACGAAAGGAGGGGUGGAGGGGGUAGAGAGGAGGGUGUGGAGGGUGGCGGUGAAAGGAGGAGAGCAGUGAGUGGAGGAGAUAAGAAGUCACUCACUCCCCUGGGGUCAGGGGUUAAGUACCAGCCACCUCCACCCCUCAACAACGACAGUAAGGGAUACAACAGACAGGAUGACGGCUCCCGCCACAAACAGCCAGCUACCGUUUGUCCCUCUGCUGUACUGGAGUCCUCUACAGGCCAGCCCAGCCUGAAGAGGAACAACAGUCAGACUGCAGAGCCCCACUGUAUGAGUUACCCCCCGAGAAGACAGUCUCUACAACCUCUUCAGCAGGACACCAUACACCGUCAAGAGAUGCUGCCAGACAGUCAGAUCUGCCCUCAGACCACCAGCGGCCUCAGCAACUCAGGCCUCGUACCCAGAGACUGUUCCAGUGUGGAGACUGUAGAUCUCUCCAGUAACCAGUGCACCAGGACUGACCGGUUCGCCACCACCCUGAGGAAUGAGAUCCAGAUGAGACGUGCCCAGCUGCAGAAGAGUCGGAGCGCUGCCUCCCUGAGUGGACCCUGUGAGGCGGAGGAGAACCAUGAGGUGCCAGAGGUCUGGAGGCCCAAAGACACCACCUCUUCUUCAGAUGGCUCCUUCACCUCCACCUAUAAGGACCAUCUGAAGGAGGCGCAGGCCCGCGUGCUGAAGGCCACCUCCUUUAGAAGGAGAGACCUGGAGCCUGUCCUUCUGGAGCUCCCUGUGGCAGAGGCAGGGUCCUUGCCGGACUACUCCUCCUCUGGUCUGGGGAGGAGCGACAACUCUAACCCCCUGUCCAGCCUCUCUGAGGGCCUCCCAGCCAGGUCUGGCUCUGCCCAGAGUCAGGUGACCCGUAUUGGAAGCAGGAAGCGUUUCACCACGGAGAAGAAGGUCCGGUGUUUCUCUGAGCCAGACAAAAUCAAUGAGGUGGGGGUGGAGGAGGAGCUGACCCCCCCUAAGGCUGCAGACUCCUUGCUGAACCGACGCUUCACCCCCAGACCUGCCUUCACCAGACCCCUCCCUAAAACUGCCCUGCCAGGCCCUGUAGAGGACUGUGGAGAGGGCAAAGAGAUAGCCAGGGGUGAUUGUGACAUGUCCAGCAGCAGGAAGGAACAGAGAGAGUGUCAGGGACAGGACCACAGACAGCAGGCCCUUCUGGAGCUGCAGAGACUGGGGACCUUUGCUGAGUAUGAGACCACCUGGAACACCCAGAAGAAAGCAGCUGAGACCAGAGCCUCAGGACGCUCCCACUCUGCUGAUAACAUCCUGGAUCCUGGAAAAGAUGACAGGACCAAACCAGCCCCAGUCCACGAGAGGUCCCGAUCCUCACCCUCCGCUGACUUCUAUGACAAGAGCCACGUUCCAGGGAGGAAGUCGGCAGAAUAUUCCCAACUGGAGAGCCAACCUGCCCAACAGGACAACAACACCACUGCGAGGUUGUCUGACAGAUGUCGUGUUGGAGAAUUCAGAGGAAGAGUGAAGAGAGAGAAGGCUCUGGAACCUCUGGAGCUGAAAGACUUCCUAGAACCCCCUCCACCCGUGACCAACGAGGAGAGCCCUGACAUCAGAUCCACUUCUGCCCCCUGCCCUGCCUACCACAGUCCCACAUCCAUCUCUUACCAGCCCCUGGAAACUGACUUCCCUCCCCCAGAUGAGUCCUACACCGAGCCCAAGACCUCAAUACCCCAGCUUCAUAUUCAGCUGCAGUCUGGUACCAGGAGGAAGGGUCCGCUCCCCCCACCCAGACAAGACCAUUCAAGACAUCCACAGAACACCCACUCCCAGGAGUCUCUGUCUGACUCUCAGGGCGGAGCUUCUGCCUCCCACGCCCCGGGCUCCUCCCACUUUGCCUCUGGUCCCACCCACUCCCCAAGGGGGGAUUCUGAGCAGAGCAGAGGAUUGGUGGGGAGGGAGCAGGAGACGGUACACCAGGUAGUGCCAUCCAAUCCUGGUCCAGCCCUUCCUGCCUUGCCCAGUAUGAGGUGCCAUCGUUCUCCCUCUCCUCAGUUUGCUCCUCCUCAGCUAACAGACAAGCCUCCUGUCUCUCUCCAGCAGCACCAUGACAACCCUGUCUCUCUCUCAGUCUGUCUGCACUAUGACCAAAACAACAGGAUGGAGAAUGUGAUAGAGCCAACCAAUGUGAGGAAGGUUCCUAUAAAGAUCAUUCACUCAGAGAGCGAGAAGGAGAAGGAGAGCCGACAGUACCUGCUGCGUCACAGUCACUCCACAGUGGAAGAAGCCCAGGGGCCCAGUCUGGUCCCCCUCAGCAGCCUGGGGACCUCAGGGGCCCCGGAACAGUCCUACUCUCUGUUCUGUGCCUACAGCCGGCAGAGGGACCAGGGGCCAGAGAGAGAGAAGACACUGGCCCCACCCAGUUACCCAGCCCCAGAACUGCCUACACCCCCACCCCCUUACCAAACCCCUGAGAUGGAGCAACACAGAGACACACCCAUGUGUCCUCUCAGGGUCCACAACAGCCAAAUGGCAGUCCUGGCCACAUCCCCACCCAGCCGACAGACCACCUCGGGUCCAGAGCCCCCCAGCGGUAAUUGCGUGUCCCCUCCCGUCCCCCUCCCCCACUCUGAGGAGGAUGUGAAGACAGAGCAGCUGGCCAGAGACAUCAUGAAUAAGGAUCGGUCCCUAGCUGACAUCUUGGAUAAGAGCUGGAGGAGGACCACCAUGGACCUGAUGGAGGGACUCUUCCCCCAGGGAGAAGUGCUGCUGGAGGGGAAGGAGAGGAGGAAGGUGUCCCUCAAACACUCCUCACCACGGCCUUCAGAGGACAGGAGUGAGGAGGACAGUGUAGCGGCAGCAGUUUCCUUGGUGACCAGCUCCACCUAUUACAGCACGUCGGCACCAAAGGCUGAGCUUCUGAUCAAGCUGAAAGACAUGCAGGAGAGGGAGGGGCUAGAGGAGGAGCUGGAGGAGGAGUCAGAGGAUGAGUUGGACCACGACCUGGCCAAUAAAAAGCAGGAGCUGGUGGACUCUCUCAGCAGGAAGCUGCAGGUACUGCGUGAGGCCAGGGAGAGUCUUCAGGAGGAUGUCCGUGAUAACAACGCCCUAGGAGAGGAGGUGGAGGCCACGGUGCAGCAGGUCUGUAUGCCAAACCAGCUGGACAAGUUCAGGAUGUUCAUAGGAGACCUGGACAAAGUGGUCAGCCUGCUGCUGUCCCUGUCCGGACGCCUGGCCAGAGUGGAGAACGCCCUCAACAGCCUGGAGGAUGGUACAUCACCUGAGGAGAGGAGAACCCUGACAGACAAGAGGAAGCUGUUGAUCCAGCAGCAUGAGGAUGCCAAGGAGCUGAAGGAGAACCUGGACCGCCGGGAAAGAGUGGUCUACAACAUCCUGGCUUCCUACCUCCCAGAGGAGAGCCUGACCGACUACCAACACUUUGUCAAGAUGAAGUCUGCCCUCAUUAUUGAGCAGCGCAAACUAGAGGACAAGAUUAAACUGGGAGAGGAGCAGCUCAAGUGUCUGAUGGACAGCCUGCCGCUAGAGCAGAGGAUGAGCCUGUAACCCCUGACCCCUGGAUCAGAGAAUGGCUCCAAACGCACAUGACUUCUCAAACUGUGUAUGAUGGACCUGACCACUCUGGCCUCACUGCAGUGGAACCCUAUGGCCACUAAGGGGCAGCAGAGAGGAGCAGCAGUACCCCACUAGAUGGCAGCAAAGAACAGAGCUCCAGGCUGUAGGGGUUGUAAUGUUUAGUUGACGUUUCCUCCUCAGUAUCUCAACACUGAUCUGAGUCUAAUGGAGCCCCACCAGAACAUAUAUAUAUAUAUAUAUAUAUAUAUAUAUAUAACAUGUAUCUGUUAAUAUAUAUAUAUAUAUACACACAAAAAAUGUUAAAUAAAGGUUAAAUAAAUAAACAAAUAAUAAUACAAAUAAACCCAACAUGAAACAAUUUCAAUGAUGUUACUGAGUUACAAUUCAUAUAAGGAAAUCAGUCAAUUGAAAUAAAUUCAUUACGUCAGAAUCUAUGGAUUUCACAUGACUGGGCAGGGGCACAGCCAAGGGAGGGCAUAGGCCCACCCACUGGGGAGCCAGGCCUAGCCAAUCUUAAUUCGUUUUUCUCCACAAAAGGGCUUUAUUACAGGCAGAAAUACUCUUCAGUUUCAUCAGCUGUCCAGGUGGCUGGUCUCGGACAAUCCCGCAGGUGAAGAAGCUGGAUGUGGAGGUCCUAAACUGGCAUGGCCGUGGUCUGCGGUUGUGAGGCCUGUUGGACGCACUGUCAAAUUCUGUAAAACGACAGCAGUAUGGUAGAGAAAUUAAUAGUAAAUUCUUUGGUAACAGCUCUGUUGGACAUUCCUGCAGUCAGCAUGCCAAUUGCACAAUCCCUCAAAACUUGAGACAUCUGUGGCAUUGUGUUGUGAGACAAAACUGCACAUUUAGAGUGGCCUUUUUAAUGUCCCCAGCACAAGGUGCACCUGUGUAAUGAUCAUGCUGUUUAAUCAGCUUCUUGAUAUGCCACACCUGUCAGGUGGAUGGAUUAUCUUGACAAAGGAGAAAUGCUCACUAACAGGGAUGUAAACAAAUUUGUGCACAAAAUUGGAGAGAUGUAAGCUUUUUGUGCGUUUUGAACAUUUCUGGGAUAUUUUAUUUAAGCUCUUGAACAUGGGAUCAACACUUUACAUGUUGCGUUUAUAUUUUUGCUCAUAUAUAUAUAUAUAUAUACGGUGCAUUCGGGCGGUGCACAAUCGGCCCAGCGUCGUUUGGCCGGGCUAGGCCGUCAUUGUAAUUCAUUUGAAGGUUAAUUAAAAAUACAAAAUAAAAAUUCCGAAUGUGUUCAGACCGCUUGACUUUUUCCACAUGUUGUUAUGUUACAACCUUAUUCUAAAAUGUAUUCAAUUGUUUUUUCACCUCCUCAAUCUACACAUAAUACCCCAUAAUGACAAAGUGAAAAACUUAUUUUUGAAAAUUUUGCAAAUGUAUUUAAAAAAAAGUACUGAAAUAUCACAUUUACAUAAGUAUUCAGACCUUUUACUUAGUACUAUCAAAUCAAAUUGUAUUUGUCACAUGCACAUGGUUAGCAGAUGUUAAUGCGAGUGUAGCGAAAUGCUUUUUACUGAGGAGUGGCUUCUUUCUGGCCACUCUACCAUAAAGGCCUGAUUGGUGGAGUGCUGCAGAGAUGGUUGUCUUACUGUAAGGUUUUCCCCUUUCCACAGAGGAACUCUGGAGCUCUGUCCGAGUGACCAUUGGGUUCUUGGUCACCUUCCUGACCAAGGCCCUUCUCCCCCGAUUGCUCAGUUUGGCCAGACGGACAGCUCUAGGAAGAGUCUUGGUGGUUCCAAACUUCUUCAAUUUAAGAAUGAUGGUGGUCAAUGUGUUCUUGGCGAUCUUCAAUGCUGCAGAAAUAUUUUGGUACCCUUCCCCAGAUCUGUACCCAUGACACAAUCCUGUCUCGGAGCACUACGGACAAUUCAUUCGACCUCAUGGCUUGGUUUUUGCUCUGACAUGCACUGUCAACUGUGGGACCUUAUAUAGACAGAUGUGUGCCUUUCCAAUCAAGUUGUAGAAACAUCUCAAGGGGAUGAUCAAUGGAAACAGGAUGCACCUGAGCUCAAUUGUGAGUCUCAUAGCAAAGGGUCUAAAUACUUUGUUUUUUAUUUUUUUCUAUAAAUUAGCAAACAUUUCUAAACACCUGUUUUUGCUUUGUCAUUAUGGGGUAUUGUGAUGUCAUUAUGGGGUAUUGUGAUGUCAUUAUGGGGUAUUGUGAUGUCAUUAUGGGGUAUUGUGAUGUCAUUAUGGGGUAUUGUGUGUAGAUUGAGGAUUUUGUUUUAUUUAAUCCAUUUUAGAAUUAGGCUGUAACUUAACAAAUUGUGGAAAAGGGGAGGGGCCUGAAUACUUUCCGAAUGCAGUGUGUGUGCAUGUGUGUGUGUGCAGUACCAGUCAAAAGUUUGGACAUAUCUACUCAUUCCUCAUUUCUUUAUUUGUACUAUUUUCUACACUAGAAUAAUAGUGAAGACAUCAAAACUAUGAAAUAACACAUAUGGAAUCAUGUAACAACCAAAAAAGUGCUUAAAAAAUCUAAAUAUAUUUUAUAUUUGAGAUUCCUCAAAAUAGCCACCCUUUGCCUUGAUGAGGCUUUGCACACUCAUGGCAUUCUCAACCAGCUUCAUGAGGUAGUCACCUGGAAUGCAUUUCAAUUAACAGGUGUGCCUUGUUAAUUUGUGGAAUUUCUUUCCUUCUUUAAUGUGUUUUGAGCCAAUCAGUUGUGUUGUGACAAGGUAGGGGUGGUAUACAGGAGAUAGCCCUAUUUGGUAAAACGUCCAUAUUAUGGCAAGAACAGCUCAAAUAAGUAAAGAAAUGACAGUCCAUCAUUACUUUAAGACAUGGUCAGUCCAUCUGUAAAAUUAAGAUCUUUGAAAGUUUCUUGAAGUGCCGUCGCAAAAACCAUAAAGCACUGUGAUAAAACAUGAGGAUCUCCACAGGAAAGGAAGAGAAUACAUUUAUUAGAGUUACCAGCCUCAGAAAUUGCAGCCCAAAUAAAUGCUUCACAGAGUUCAAGUAACAGACACAUCUCAACAUCAACUGUUCAGAGGAGACUGUGUGAAUCAGGUUUUCAUGGUUGAAUUGCUGCAAAGAAACCACUACUAAAGGACACCAAUAAGAAGAAGAGACUUGUUUGGGCCAAGAAACAGGAGCAAUGCACAUUAGACCGGUGAAAAUCUGUCCUUUGGUCUGAUGUGUUCUAAUUUGAGAUUGUUGGUUCCAACCGCUGUGUCUUUGUGAGAAGCAGAGUAGGUGAACGGAUGAUCUCUGCAUGUGUGGUUCCCACCGUGAAGCCUGGAGGAGGAGGUGUGGGGGUGCUUUGCUGAUGACACUGCCUUUAAUUUACUUAGAAUUCAAGGCACACUUAACCAGCGUGGCUAACACAGCAUUCUGCAGUGAAACACCAUCCCAUCUGGUUUGCGCUUAGUGGGACUAUAAUUUGUUUUUCAACAGGACAAUGACCCAACACACCUCCAGGCUGUGUAAGAGCUAUUUGACCAAGAAGGAGAGUGAUGGAGUGCUGCAUCAGAUGACUUGGCCUCUACAAUCACCCGACCUCAACCCAAUUGAGAUGGUUUGGGAAGAGUUGGACCGCAGAGUGAAGGAAAAGCAUCCAACAAGUGCUCAGCAUAUGUGGGAACUCCUUCAAGACUGUUGGAAAAGCAUUCCAGCUGAAGCUGGUUGAGAGAAUGCCAAGAGAAUAUAAAGCAAGCUGUGAUUUUAUUUCAUGUUUUAUUUAUUUCACAUUUAUUUAACCAGGUAGGCUAGUUGAGAACAAGUUCUCAUUUACAACUGUGACCUGGCCAAGAUAAAGUAAAGCAGUGUGACACAAACAACACAGUUACACAUGGAAUAAAUAAACAUACAGUCAAUAAUACAACAGAAUAAGUCUAUACACAGUGUGUGCAAAUGAGGUAGGAUAAUGGAGGUAAGGCAAUAAAUAGGCCAUAGUGGCGAAGUAAUUACAAUAUAGAAAUUAAACACUGGAGUGAUGUGCAAGUAGAGAUACUGUGGUGCAAAGGAGCAAAAUACAUUUUUUUAAUAACAAUAUGGGGAUGAGGUAGUUGGAUGGGCUAUUUACGGAUGGGCUAUUUACGGAUGGGCUGUUUACAGAUGGGCUAUUUACAGAUGGGCUAUGUACAGAUGGGCUAUUUACGGAUGGGCUAUUUACAGAUGGGCUGUGUACAGAUGGCCUAUUUACAGAUGGGCUAUGUACAGAUGGGCUAUUUACGGAUGGGCUAUUUACAGAUGGGCUGUGUACAGAUGGGCUAUGUACAGAUGGGCUAUUUACGGAUGGGCUGUUUACAGAUGGGCUAUUUACAGAUGGGCUAUUUACAGAUGGUCUAUUUACAGAUGGGCUGUUUACAGAUGGGCUAUUUACAGAUGGGCUUUUACGGAUGGGCUGUUUACAGAUGGGCUAUUUACAGGUACAGUGAUCUGUGAGCUGCUCUGACAGCUGAUGCUUAAAGUUAGUGAGAGGGAGAUAUGAGUCUCCAGCUUCAGUGAUUUUUGCAGUUCGUUCCAGUCAUUGGCAGCAGAGAAGUGGAAGGAAAGGCGGCCAAAGAAGGUGUUGGCUUUGGGGAUGACCAGUGAGAUAUACCUGCUGGAGCGCGUGCUGCUAUGGUGACCAGUGAGCUGAGAUAAGGCGGAGCUUUACCUAGCAAAGACUUCUAGAUGACCUGGAGCCAGUGGGUUUGGCAACAAAUAUUUAGCGAGGGCCAGCCAACGAGAGCAUACAGGUCGCAGUGGUGGGUAGUAUAUGGGGCUUUGGUGACAGAACGGAUGGCAAUGUGAUCAAGGGAAAGGGUGGCUACUUUGAAGAAUCUCAAAUAUAAAAUAUAUUUUGAUAUGUUUUUGGUUACUACAUGAUUCCAUAUGUGUAAUUUCAUCAUUUUGAUGUCUUCAGUAUUAUUCUACAAUGUAGAAAAUAGUACAAAAUAAAGAAAAACCCUGGAAUGAGUAGGUGUCCAAACUGUUGACUGGUACUGUAUGUAUAUAUGUAUAUAUAUGUGUGUGUGAGCACAUUUAUUGAACACAGGACUGUACUGCCAUGAACCAUGAUGUAACAGUCUGGGAUAAACCACCUCCUAUAGACUACUGAGAGUCUGUUGCUCUGUUCCCAUGGCACUGUAUUAUGUUCAAGAAUAAUUGACUGUUUUAUUUAGUAAUUUAUUGUAGCAUUUUGAUUAUGUACAGAGGAGUAGGGUAGAACAGUGUUUUAUUCUCAACUGAUUUUAGUUUCUGUCUUUCGUCAAUACUGCAUUUAUCAACUACGCUUUAUACCUCCACUUUGCAAAGCGCAAUAUAUAAUUAACAUGACUGUAAUUCUAUUAUCCUAUUCAUGUCAAAUAAUCCAAAAGACUGGCCUGAUAUUUCAGUGAAAUAAGGGUGUUGCUCUUUUUUUUAAACUAGCAGCCUUUUGUUCUGAUGUUGUCUUGUAAAACUAGCAGCCUUUUGUUCUGAUGUUGUCUUGUAAAACUAGCAGCCUUUUGUUCUGAUGUUGUUUUGUAAAACUAGCAGCCUUUUGUUCUGAUGUUUUGUAAAACUAGCAGCCUUUUGUUCUGAUGUUGUUUUGUAAAACUAGCAGCCUUUUGUUCUGAUGUUGUUUUGUAAAACUAGCAGCCUUUUGUUCUGAUGUUGUUUUGUAAAACUAGCAGCCUUUUGUUCUGAUGUUGUUUUGUAAAACUAGCAGCCUUUUGUUCUGAUGUUUUGUAAAACUAGCAGCCUUUUGUUCUGAUGUUUUGUAAAACUAGCAGCCUUUUGUUCUAAUGUUGUCUUGUAAAACUAGCAGCCUUUUGAUGUGAUGUUUUGUAAAACUAGCAGCCUUUUGUUCUGAUGUUGUUUUGUCAAACUAGCAGCCUUUUGAUGUGAUGUUUCAUGCUGUUUCCUCAUCUAGAUUCUCUGUCCUGGAGCAGACUUUAUUUUUAUAUUGAGAAGCAUUAAGCUUAUUGACACCUUGUGAAGACAGAAGAACACUACAGAGUUGCAUCACUUAUAUAAGGAAUCAAUGCUUCCUGCUAUAUUCAAGGAGCACUUUGUUCAACAAUGAUAAAGACAGAUUUAGCAAGGACUAGUCCACAUCUGAUGUGGCUGAGAUGUCCUUUACUCAUCUGUAGUAGUUCAUCAGGUGUUUUAUUAGGUGACCAUUACUUCCUGCUUCUACCUCGCAAAAGGUUUGAAGGAGUGUGAUAUCAUGGACAGCAUAGCCACGAUCAGGGCUCAGGGCAUUUCCCAAAGGUAAACUAAAUGAGUGUUACAUCGCUCUAUACACACUGCUACACUGUCUGUCUAUCAGAUGUGCUGCUUUAUAUCAAAUAAAAAGUCUGCUGAACUGAA